AUGGUUGGGGCUUGUUUCGUCUAUUACGAGACUGCCCUGUCCCUUCUAUGGCUUGUUCUGGGUGUCGCAAGCAGUGCGCGCGGGCAAGGACUUCAGUUCCGGUCCCGGGCAGACAGGAAGGAAGGGACAGGGCAAGGGCAGGUACAUACUUGUAGAGGUAGGGCAGGGCCAUUGCUUCCAAAACGCGAACCCAUGCCUUCCUUGCCUGCCUCAGUGCCUGCCGUGCCUGCCAUUGCUCGCCUGCGGCCUGCCUGCGCCGGUCUGUGCCUGCGUCUUCGCUUCUUUCUUUGCGGCAUGGGCCUGGGCUGCUUGGCCUGGGCUGAGCCGACUGGGGUCGGUCGCUGCUGCCCUCUGCCCGUGUUGAAAGCGACGUGGGGCCGUGUCAAGUGUACAGUGCCGAAGGCAAGCGAGAGCCGGGAGAGGAGGGAAGGCACGCACCUCAGACUUUGCAGAGAGAGACAAGAGGGCGCCAUAAUCUCCGUCCCCGGCACGAUGACGAUGGAAACGGCAUUCUCUCAUACCAGCCGCCCUGCCAACAGUGUCUUCAGUACGGGAUGA